AUGUCCACGCCAGUUAAUGCCAAAAGAUUCGGCCUUCGCAAGCUUGAAGGCAGAAUCCCUUACCCCCUCACCACGAUGGUGCGCGUGGUCGAUCUCAUGGUCGCAACAACAUUACGAACCGUGCUUCAAAACACCGUCAACAACCUUCUAAAAAUACUGAAAACAAAUGUACCCACAGAGCCUGCUUCUGACAGUCUACACGACGAGGACGGAGCAAAGGAAGAGGAGCAAACGAUGUUUCUGGUGGUGGUCGGGGUAGAGAAUGACGCGAUGACAUGCUCGCCUACCCAGGAAGGGUUAGUCAGUGGCUUGAAAACAAUUCUGAGAACUUGCGAGAUCACCAUUAUGUGUGUCCUGCCUUUGCUUCCUUAUUUUACUCCUCACGACAGACUGUCUGCUGGACCACCCGAUGAGAACGUAGUUCUUCGCACAAUGUUGGAAGACGAUGCCCAGCUGCGAGACACUACAAAUCUAAUUCUCUCGCUUGUUGAGGAUUACUGGAGGAAAAUAGAGGACACCGUGCAACCCUUGAAGUCACUGCUGAAGGAAGCACAAAUGAAAACCCAGCAGGAAUCAACUGAGGAAUCUAAAUUAGGGACGUUGGGGACGUGGCUAGCACGCAUCGAAGGGCUCGUCACCUCCGUCGGUCAGGUGAAUGAAAUCGUCUCUCUGGGUCUUCUGCGAGUCGACCAGACAGCCGCCAAGAAAGUCGUCGUCACCUCUCUCAGACAACAGCAGCAACGAAUGCACCAAGAAGUUAGUCAAGGGUUCGACCAAAGGGUGAAAGCUUUACAAGCAGAUGCUACUGACAAAUGGCUGGGAUUGGAACAAGCACCGGUAACAGCCGAACAGGUGGUAAACUUAUUGAACUACGUGCUGGAAGUUCGAGGGCAGAUGGAUAGUGUCGGGGAGGAGGAAAAAAUAAUCCAGGAAGCCUAUGAAAUGAUUCAAGGAUAUCAUAUCACUCUUCACCCUGAGGUACAUAACAAGUACGAGGUACUCCAAAAGGAAGUGAAGAGACUGAGGAGGACUGUGAGGAGGAGUAUGAUGGAAAGACCAACUAAACUAAUCAAGAAACUAGAACAAUUGUUAGAAAAAGAAAUAGAAGAAUUGGACGGCGAAACUGCCAAGUUAGCUGAACAAGUCCAGGCACUGAGAUUUCUGAGGGUGACCAGUGACAGAGAAGAGGCCAUGAAGAUGCUGGAGGCUGCAGAUUCAAGGGCUUCUACCAUCAGAGCUCAGGCUACAACCAUUACCCAACAUCAGGAGAGUUUUCAGAUGACCAUCUGUGCCUUCAAAGAACUUAGAGAAGUGGAAGAAGAGAUCACCCUUAAAAUGCUACUCUGGAAAAGUCUUUCGCAAUGGGAAGCUCUCACAGAAGACUGGUAUCAGAAAGAAGUCAAGAACCUUGACGUCGUGGAAGUAAGAAAAAUAACCUUCGAAUACCGAGGCAAGGUCGACUACCUCUUGAAGACAGCGCAGCAGCAGCAGCAGCAACAAUCUGACGUUCUCCUCCACCUGAAAUCACUCGUCAAUUCCCUGGAGGAAAAGCUACCUGUGCUGGAAGCUCUGACGGAUUCUGCGCUCCGGCCUCGCCACUGGCAAGAAAUCGACACGGCUUUGGGUCAGCCCCUACCAUCACCCUUGACCUUAGCCCAAGUGGAUGAGAUGAAUCUCCACACUCACGCUCACACCCUCCAGCAAGUAGCGCACACUGCACAGCUGCAAAGGGAGAUGAAGGAAAACCGCCUCAAACAGGUUGUUCAAGAUUGGGAGGCCUCUACAAUUCCUGUUGUGGACUAUGUCAGGAAGGAUACGUUCCAACUGGGAGAUUUAGGGGCAUUGGAGUCGCUGCUCUUAAGCACAGAUAUCACCCUUCACCUCCUCCUCCAUUCCGAACAUGCUCUGCAUAUCAAACAGGAGACAGUCAAGUGGAAAAAUAUUCACACCAUUAUCAAAGGAACUCUGACAGCGAUGAAGGAGUUUGAAGAAGAGUGGAAGGCUCUUGACCCCGUUCUCAGCACAGUUACUGCACAUGAGGUCUUUCCCCUUCAGGCAACUAUGUUCGCUGCCUCAACUGCCUUCUGGACUAAAGUCAUGACAAGAGUGGCACACGACUCACUGGUGUUAUCACAGCUAAGAAAUGGAAUGCUACUCGAAGAGGUCCUACAAGAGAAAACUCAUCUGACUGGGCUUCGAGUAUGUCUUGCUCCGCUUCUCUCCAUGCGAAGACAAACUUGCCCAAGACUUUUCUUGUUGCCAGACACUGAUUUACUGGAGCUUCUCACAAAGGGCCAGGAAGCUAACAUCUGUAAUAAAUACCUGUCAAGGCUUUUCACUGGGAUAGGACGACUAAUCCGAGGUCAAGAUGGACAGAUAGUGGCUCUCGUAUCUCCCCAACAAGAGAAACUUAAGUUAGCAAAGUCUGUUGUUGCACAUCAUGGUGUUGAGGACUGGAUAGGCCGCGUUGAGAGUGGAAUGAGGGCAACUCUGAAACGACUUAUAAUUAAACAUGCAAAAGAACAUCUCCCUAUGGAUAAUCUUCAUAUACCAUUACAGGUGCUGGACAUCUGUCGAAGAAUCCAGUGGAGUACACAAAUUAUUGAUAUCUUGGAUAAUGCCUACGAUGCAAAGGUUAAACCAAAUUUGCACAGUGUAUUAACCAAAAUAGAAGAUGACCUGAAUAUACUACAAGAACUCAUCAACAUGAAAGUCAGCGUUCAGCAUGAAUCUCGACUCACGUACUUGAUUAUAACGAUCCUGUCCCUCCGGGAAGCCACAAAAAUUAUUAUUGCAGACAAGCCAGAUAAUAGAUGGUCAUAUGCUUGGCUUCAACAUUUGAGUCAUCUUAUAAAUGGAGAAGGGCGGAGGGCAAAGGUUCAAGUUUCAAUUAGCGUAGAAAACCUGGACUAUUGCUACGAGUAUAUGGGGGUUUCUGAAGCCUCUAUUCAAACUCCAAGUACAAUGAGAGCUCAUCACGCCCUUAUCACCGCUGCUCUGAACCAUAAAAUUGGUGUAGUAGUUGGUGGACAUGGUGCAGGGAAAACAGAGACACUUAAGUGUGUAGCACGUCUGGUCGGGCAAUAUCUGGCUUCUUUUAACUGCUCUAUGUACACUCCUGUGCAGAGUAUCAGCAACAUGGUUAGUGGUGGAGUGCAAGGAGGAUUCUGGUUACUUUUUGAGGAGGCUAGUUGCUUAACAAGACCACUACUGGCCCGCUUGGCACACUGUAUGCAUAACAUCUACCAAUCAAAGAUGAUGGCUUUCAAGAGGUGCGUAGUCAAUGGCCAAGAGAUGAAACUUGCCGAUACUUUUUGUCUGUUCCUGUCGAUGACAUCUGAGGACGGAAAGGAUGACUCGAAAAAUAGCAAAUCCUGCCCUUUGCUGAAUCAUGCCAUCACUCCACAUGUGACGUCUGUGACAAUAUGCUCUCCUAGCCUGGGUCAGUCAAAGAAAUAUUAA